UUACAGUUGACCUUGUUGAUGAAAGGUAAGAUUCCUUCUAAAGAAGAUUUAAAAAAAACCUUGUAUGGAAUCAUCCAAUCGACUGCAUUCUUGAGUGGGACAGGAUUUGGUUACUCAUUGUUCCUAUGUUCAUUAAGAAGAUUGUUAGGGAAUUUCAACAUUCUCACAGUGUCAGCAAUACCGGCCUUUCUAUCUAGUGUCUUCUCCAUUUUAAUAGAACGUCCAAGCAGAAGGACACUGUUAUGUUUAUAUGUGAGUAACGUUGCCACCGAAACCUUAUGGAAUAUGGCGAGGUCCCGAGGUUUGGUUAGAAAUAUCAAGUACGGAGACGUUGCUAUAUUCGGCAUCAGCAUGGCAAUACUUUCUGUAUUUUUCAAAGGAGGGCAUCACAAGAAUUCUGAUUCCAAUAGAGAGGAUACUAUGUUCCGAGUAAUGAGGUUUGUAGUGGGACCAUAUGAAGAGAAGGAUUACAGUGUUAGGUCUAGUCAAGCCAGUGGUUUUUACAGGCAGCAAGUUCAAAAUAAUCCAAAUAGUUCAUCAGCUAGUUGGCAGACAAGGAAACAGAAAAAUAUAGUGUUUCAUAUCGUUAAUCAGAUGUUGCGUAUUUAUAAGAAGAUUGUUUAUAGAAUCAAGUGCUGUGAGAGGCAUAAUGCGUGCCCCCAUCCCUUCAGCUGUUUAUAUUACACCAUGCAAGGUGCUGGCAAAAUGUUUAGCGUGGGUUUGGCAAUCCAGAUAUCGCUGAAAUUGGUGCUGAACAUGAGAAGGAUAUUU